AGGAGUUUAAAUGGAAUGAUGUAGUCUGCUGGAGCAAAAGAUAGACCCAUGCAGUUACAGCUACAGAUGCAGGCUCAUGUCCAGGCAGGCUUUUGAACUGAAGCUGCAUUCUCCAACCUCUCAACAACUGGUUUGACACAAAAAGAUAAUGGCUUCAAAACUGGUGGCAACCUUAGCUUCAUUUCUUCUCCUGUCAAGUGUAGGAGUAAUCAUUGCCAUUGCUAUAAUCCAGACAUACAAGAUAACCUAUGUGUCUCCAGGAUUAAAGUAUGGGAUUGUCUUAGACUGUGGCUCCUCCCGCACUACUGUGUAUGUAUAUGAAUGGCCAGCAGAGAAGGAGAAUAAUACUGGGAUCAUUAGAGAAACUGUUAAAUGCAAUGUUAAAGGUCCAGGCAUCUCUGACCUGGGUCGUAAUUCAAGUCAGGAUGAAGAGACAUGGAAACAUUUCAAGAGCUGUAUGGUACAAGUGAAAGAAAAGAUUCCAGCUUUCAAGCACAACUCCACUUCCAUCUUCCUUGGAGCCACAGCUGGAAUGAGACUGUUACAGCUUCAGAAUGAAACCGCUUCAAAUACAAUCUUGCAGGAUAUGAGGAAUUACCUGCAAUCAUUGCCAUUCCAAUUUCAAAAUGCUUCUAUUAUUUCUGGAGAAGAAGAAGGGUUGUAUGGCUGGAUAACAGUGAACUAUUUAAUGAAUAACUUUCUGGAGAGGGACUUGUGGAACUCCUGGGUGCGCCCCCAUGGAGCUAAAACAGUAGGCUCCCUUGACUUAGGAGGAGCAUCCACCCAAAUUGCAUUUACAACAACUGAUGACGCCAUGGGGGAGGGCCUGACAAAGGUCACUCUUUACGGUUAUGACUACACAGUGUAUACUCACAGUUUUUUGUGCUUUGGGAAAAAUGAAGCUGAAAAAACUGUGCUUGCGAAGUUCGUCCAGGGUUCUACUGACCUCAACAAUGUUCAGAAUCCCUGCUAUCCUGUUGGAUUCAACAUAACAAUGACCGAAGAGUUCAUUUUUGGCAGUGAGUGCACUAAGGACUUACGAAUAUCCAACUACUCUCCAGAGCGGAACAUAACCAUAUUCGGAGGAGGAGAUGCAGCCGAGUGUAGAAAUGCUGUGAGACAGAUAUUUAACCUCAGUUCCUGUGAUGGUUCCCAGAAUUGCUCAUUCAAUGGAGUCUAUCAGCCACCAGUGUCAGGACAGUUCAUGGCCUAUGCAGGAUUCUACUACACUGCCUGGGCUCUGAAGCUUGUUGGAGCACCUACUCUUGAUAAGUUCAACUCCACACUGUGGUCAUUCUGCUCCAUGGACUGGACAAAACUCAAGAGGAACUACAACAUUAAUGAGAAGCAUCUGAAGUCUUAUUGUUAUUCAGCAAACUAUGUCUACACAAUCCUUGUGGAUGGCUACAAAUUCAAUACUGCGUCAUGGAAUGAUAUCAGGUUUGAAAGACAGGUGAAGAACACAAGUAUUGCCUGGACACUGGGCUACAUGCUAACCCUUUCCAACAUGAUCCCAGCAGAGGCUAAACAUAUGCAUUUGCCAAUGGAAAACACCCUCUUUGCUGGCAUCCUCUUCCUUUUCUCAGCUCUGACAAUUAUAGCUCUUGUGUUUCUCAUCAUCCUUCUCAUUAGAACCUGCUACUAAUUUUUCUGUAUACAGGGUUCCCAUCCAUUUUCACUGACAAAAGUUCAAAACCUUCAUGACUUCCAAGUAUGCAAGUAUGACAUUGCUGUCUUUAAACCACAGGCUAAUUAUAACAUGUCACUUAAACAAUGACAUUGGGGAAAACAUUGCUUUCUCUGUUUUCUCCUCCACUUUUCCAUUUCCAUGAAAAAGUGAUUGAAUUCCGUGGCAUGUACACCAUCUCCUACCUAUGUCCCUGGUAAAAUGAAAUUUCAUGAUUUUUCCAAAACUUUGAUUUGAUUUCUCCUGGUCUGGAAAAUGGGAUUUAACAUUUCCAUGACUUUUCCAGGUUUCCACCGUGGAAACCCUGUCCAUGGUUACAGAGCUUGAUUUGUUUUUAGAUGAAGAUAAUGACAUUUGAACACCAAUUUGAUAUGAAUGAUAAGACGAUUACCAUGGUCCAAAAAUGUCAUUGACCAACAUUAGUCUGCAUGUUGACUACAAAAUUACAACAGAGCUACCAGAUAACAUGUAAGGGAUAACAUAUUGUCCACUGGUCAAUAUUGGAAAAUAAGUCCAAGAAAACAGGACAAACAGGACCCUGGCGUGAAAUGGUGGGGUCUUGCUUCGUCCUGAAUGAACUUAUUUUCUGUGAUUGACCAGCAGGUAAUACAUUAUCCCACUUAUUAUAGGCUACUGAUACCUUCAAAAACGAGAAAAUAAUCUUCACACAAUGUAUCUUUUCGUGGCUUCUGCUGAGAACUAAAUAGUUUGAACUUCAAAGUUUUAGAUGUUGAAUAGCAACGAUCUUGCUGACUUUCGAUCUCAAUGAAAUUCCAUUGUGAUCAGUGAACGGACUGCAUGCGGAGUGACAUGAAUCAGAAACACAAAACCUGUUGCCAUUGACAGUGGUAAUUAUAUGGAAUUAUCAGAACCUUGAACAUUGGGAAGGCCCAUUUAUGUCAAGGAAACUUUCUGCAGCAUUCUAAACAGUCAUAUAAUACGCCAGUUGAAAUUGAUGAAAUUCCUUUCUGUAAAUAUUAGCCCAAGCAUGAUAUAUUUCCGUAUAAGCCUACUUUACUAUAAAAACAUAUACACAAUCUAAUGCCAGAUUCUCCCAGAUUUGAACAUGAGGUGUUGCUUACAAUCCCUUCACUUUCCACCCAAAAUGUUUGCAGUCACUCAGGUACAUUUUAAAAGAUCAUGUUCCGGUGUGUGCCUUUACCAGACUCACGCAAAGGGAAUUGGGAACUGUUGUUAGUUCCAUCUCUCUCGUUGUCAAGCAGGCAUAACAUAACCCAGAUUUCUGUUGAACCUUAGCUUUGUAAAAUUGCUGUUUUAUUACUUAGCCUUCUGCCUUGUAACUGAGCUAAAAGCCACCUCGGUCAUAUAUGCUACAAUGUUGCUAUGCACUGAACGUUGCUCAAAUCGCUAUUUUUAUAGCACUAAUGCAUCGUGACGAAAAUCCCUGACUGUACCUUAUGAAGGUCUUCUGAUAUUAAAAUGGUCCUUUUCCUCUUGUAUUGGGGAAAUGUAAUACUAUUCUACCUUUGUGAUGAGAUGAUGACAGUUCAAAAUAAAGAGGAUGCACAUUUAUCCUUGAGCUUCGUUAUCUAUGGUUUUGCAAAAAUGUUUUGACCAAUUAUGUUUUGAAAUACAAGUAUGAUUAAUUAUCUUGUAUGGUAAUCAAAUGGUAAGAACUGAAAUUGUGAGCUAAAGUCCAGAUACCAGACCACCACUUUUGAGAAUAGAAUAGAACAGAAUAUACUUUAAUGUCUCCAUGGGGAAAUUUGUCUUGGACUCAUCAAAACAUAACCCAGUGAUAGACAUACUGUACGUCAACAGGGACAUGACAGAGAACAUGUUACAUAAUAAAUGUAACAUAAUAAUAAUGUAAACAGAUGCAGCAACAUGGGUUGUGUGCGUGUGACACUAAGCCCCAACGAAGAGUAGCCUACACUGAUAGAGACGGUUGAUAAAGAAUAUUUGGUAUUGACAUUGCAGCAGAACUAGCCUGCCUAUCCCUGUGAUCCCAAGGCUGAAUGAGGUUAGGAUGAACUGUAUUGUAUUCAUAUAGCACUGUACAAGCAGUGGGUAAAAGUGCUUUACAUCGGCAAAUCAAUUAGAAAAUAUAAAAACAGAAAACAGAAAAGUUAUAUUACAAAAAUAAUUUAAAAUAAAAAAUGACCAAGUGAUGUGCACACAACACAGGCCUGAUCAAUACGAUAAAGUAUAUAAAAAAGUAAAACCCCUUUGUUUACUGCUUGGAAAAUGUACAUAAAAAUAAAUACAAAUAAAUGUUGUAAUUGUGUA